AUGCUCAUCAUUGCUCUCACAUUGGUGAUACUAAACACAUUUGCACCAUGUGCUGGGGCAAAUGUUAAAAUAGGUGUCCCAGAAAACUAUAAUGGUAUUUUCCCAUGGUACUUAGCCAAGCUCAACAUCCUGCCAGCUAAUUACAGUGACGUUGUGGUGACAGGGGAUGAUGAGGGGAUAUUUGGAAUUGAGGCUCAGUUUCUGUAUGCCAUAAAACCACUGGACCGAGAGAAGCAGCCAUCGUAUUCUCUGCAGGUGUCCUUCAGAACAUCAGUGCACCGUCAGAGCUUCACUGUCGAAGUGUGUGUCAUCGACAAGAACGACAAUGUGCCCACAUUCAUUGAGGAGAGCAUGAGAGGCAGCGUGCAGCUCGGGCUUCUCAAGGGAAUCCCGUUCAUGCAGGUGGAGGCACUGGACCGUGAUGACCGCAACACCGCCCACGCUGAACUGUGUUUCAGCCUGAUGGAACAGACACCCAGGAUUCCCUCCAGUCAAAUGUUCUUCAUUGACUCCAUCACUGGAGAGGUUUCCCUCACUGAAGAAGGAGCCUCAGCUCUGGACCCAGAGAUGUGUGGUCGCUAUAAACUCUCAGUGAUGGUGAAGGACAUGGCUGGGAGAGCUAAUGCUUUCUUCACCACUGGCAUUGUUACCGUUGAGGUGACUGGAAACACCUGGGCAUCGCCAGACCCUGUGCGACUACAGGAGAACCUCCCAGGCCCUUACCCCAUCCCCAUCUCACAGGUGAAAUGGAGUGGAAGUCAAGCAGAGUACAGUCUGGAGGGGGAGUUUCCAGAGAUGCUCUUCACCAUCAGCAGAGAGGGAGUCAUUUAUCUCAACGCCCCUCUAGACAGAGAGACACAAGACCAGUUCCAGAUCAGCAUUGUGGUGGAGCGUCCAGAUGGCAGAGAGAUUGCAAAGCCUGUGGAGUUGAGGGUGAUGGUUGGCGAUGCCAAUGACAACAGACCCACCUUUCCACAGGCACAGUACCAUACUGUGGUCAAGGAACUGGCUGCCCGAGGCACAGAAAUCCUGACAGUGCAGGCAGCCGAUAAUGAUGAUCCCAAGACAGACAAUGUGCGGAUAUUCUACCGUCUUGUUGGCCAAAUUCCAGAGAGUCCUCGGGCCCUCUUCAGAGUGGACCGUGACUCAGGGGUCAUCUCUGUCCAAGCAGACAGUAUGGAGGGCACGGCACCACAGUACACUCUCACCAUCACUGCUGAGGAUGCUAAAGGUCUAAACAGUUCCUGUACGGUGGUUGUGACGGUGCACGAUGAGAACAACAACCCACCAGUUUUCUCCCAACAUGAGUAUGGGCCCUUUCACAUCCCAGAGGAUGCUCCAGUGGGCACCACAGUCACAGCUGUGAUGGCAGGGGAUGCUGAUGUUCGAGGAGGAGACAGCUGGCAGGUGGACUACCGUUUAGAAUCUGGAAACGAGGAAGAGGUCUUCACAUUGGUGACAGAUAAGCAGACCAAUGAGGUCUCACUGGUCCUGUCAAAGGUUCUUGAUUUUGAGCGUGAGAGUGAGUACAUCCUCGUGCUUAGUGCUCAGAACCCGGUAGCCCUGGUCCGUGGCCGCUACGGUCCUGCUUCCACGGCAACAGUUUCCAUCUAUGUCGACGAUAUAAACGAAGGUCCAAUUCUCUCUCAAAGUCAUUAUGAGGUGACUGUCAGAGAGGGUGAGGAACCAGGGCGAGUUAUUGCCACCAUCCGAGGUUAUGACCCUGAUUCUCACCCAAUCAGAUAUUCUCUUCGAGGGGACACUAAGAAGUACUUUUCAAUAGGGAAAUACUCUGGUGAGCUUAAGACUGUGCAGGCUUUGGACAGAGAGGAGAACAGCACAUACACCAUGGAGGUUAUUGCAGUGGAUGGAAGAAACUUUUCCUUAUCUGCUUCCACACUGGUGACUGUCCAAAUCCUGGACGUGAACGACAACAGUCCGGUGUUGGUUGGGGAUUACUCCUGGAAGUACCUGUGUACACCUCGUUGGGAAGACCAAGCACUGGUGCUGGCCUCACGGGACAGCGAUGGGCCGCAGCAUGGAGGACGACUCAAUUUCUCUCUGCGCAGCGAUGCUACAGUCCGACGCAACUGGAAACUAACACCCAUCAAUGAUACUCACACCAACCUGUCCCUAAACAUCCCAUACCUGGCCCCUGAGGUGUACACUGUGCCCUUCACCAUCUCUGACAGCAGCUCUCCCCCCAGGAGCACCUUCAUAAACUUGCCAGUGACAGUGUGUCCGUGCAACAUCAGAGGCAACUGCAAAAUGGCUGCCAAGCAGUUGGAGGGCAUGCCAACAAUCCAGUCUGCAGUGGGCAUUCUGCUUGGCACCUUUGCAGUCAUAGGCACUAUACUCAUUGUUGUGUUUGUGAGGCUGUCCUACCAGAACCCAAAACGACCAAGCAAAUCUAACCAGGAGAGAGUUCCACUGAAAAUGUCAAUCUAA